AUGUCGGCCCCCACAGAACCUCAAAAGACCCUGAAGCCCAAUAAGCUCGUUGUUGAUGAUUUACAGGGCGAUGACAAUAGCCUGAUAAUAAUGAACCCAAAACGCAUGGAGGAGCUGAACAUCUUCCGCGGAGAUACAGUAAUGCUUAAGGGCAAGAAACACCGCUCUACUCUCUGUAUUGCUAUGGAAGAUGAUGAAUGCCAAGAGGGUAUGAUCAAGAUAAACAAGUUGGCGCGUCGCAACAUCCGCAUUCACCUUGGUGAUACCAUUCAUGUCAGCAGCUGUAAGAAUGUUCCUUACGGCAACCGUGUUCACAUUCUCCCGAUAGAUGACACAGUAAAGAACCUCACAGGUGAUCUUUUUGAGACGUUCCUUAAGCCAUACUUUUUGGAGGCCUACCGCCCUGUGAAAAAGGAUGACUUGUUUAUCUGCCGUGGUGCCAUGCGUUCGGUGGAGUUCAAGGUGGUUGAGGUGGAUCCAGGUGAAUUCUGCAUCGUUUCUCCAGAUACAGUCAUUCAUUGCGAAGGCGACCCGAUUCGUCGAGAAGAUGAAGAGCGCCUUGAUGAUGUGGGCUACGAUGAUAUUGGUGGCUGCCGCAAGCAGUUGGGGCAGAUCCGCGAGAUGGUCGAACUCCCCAUUCGUCACCCUGAGCUCUUCAAGAACAUUGGAAUCAAACCUCCACGCGGUAUUUUGUUGUACGGUCCGCCGGGCAGUGGCAAGACGCUGAUUGCGCGUGCUGUUGCGAACGAAACAGGUGCGUUCUUCUUCUUGAUCAAUGGCCCUGAAAUCAUGAGCAAGAUGGCGGGUGAGUCAGAGGGAAAUCUUCGUAAGGCUUUCGAAGAGGCGGAGAAGAACGCCCCGUCUAUCAUCUUCAUUGAUGAGAUUGAUUCCAUUGCUCCGAAGCGAGAGAAGGCGCAGGGUGAGGUGGAGAAGCGCAUUGUUUCUCAGCUGCUUACACUCAUGGACGGACUGAAGUCUCGUUCACAGGUCAUCGUCAUGGCGGCGACGAACCGACCCAAUUCCAUUGACCCUGCACUCCGUCGUUUUGGACGCUUUGAUCGUGAAUUGGAUAUUGGUGUACCAGAUGAAAUUGGCCGUUUAGAAAUUCUCCGCAUUCACACCAAGAACAUGAAGCUCGAUAAGGACGUCGACGUGGAGAAGGUAGCCAAAGACAGUCAUGGAUACGUUGGUGCUGAUCUUGCACAGCUCUGUACGGAAGCUGCGAUGCAGUGCGUUCGGGAAAAGAUGUCUGUUGUCGAUUGGGAUGACGAUACAAUUGAUGCAGAGGUGCUCGAUUCCAUGGCAGUAACAAAUGAUCAUUUCCAUGAUGCGCUGUCGAAGACGAACCCCUCCGCGCUUCGUGAAACACACGUGGAGACACCCCACGUCACGUGGAGCGACGUUGGUGGUCUCCUCGAUGUCAAGAGGGAGUUGCAGGAACUUGUGCAGUACCCAGUUGAGUUUCCGUGGAAGUUCGAAAAGUAUGGCGUGUCACCACCUAAGGGUGUUUUGUUCUAUGGCCCGCCUGGAUGCGGUAAGACACUCUUGGCAAAGGCUAUCGCCACCGAGUGUCAGGCAAACUUUAUCUCUAUUAAAGGUCCAGAAUUGCUAACAAUGUGGUUUGGUGAGUCAGAGGCAAAUGUACGUGAUGUCUUCGACAAGGCCCGCGCUGCCGCCCCGUGUGUUCUUUUCUUUGAUGAACUGGAUUCUGUCGCAAGGGCACGUGGUGGUGGCCACGGUGAUAAUGGUGCCAGUGAUCGCGUCAUCAACCAGAUUCUCACAGAGAUGGACGGCAUGAACACCAAAAAGAAUGUCUUCAUUAUUGGAGCCACCAACCGCCCAGAUGUUCUGGACCCUGCCAUUAUGCGUCCUGGACGCUUGGAUCAACUCCUCUAUAUCCCGCUGCCGGAUAAGGCGUCGCGCGUGGCCAUUCUCAAGGCGAAUUUCCGAAAAUCACCUCUGGCGGGAGAAGUGGAUCUGGAUCAGAUUGCCGCAGCCACACACGGCUUCUCCGGUGCCGAUCUUGCGGGAAUCUGCCAACGAGCAUGCAAGAUGGCUAUUCGUGAAUCAAUUGUGAAGGAGAUUCAAUUGGAGCAACUAAGGCAGGAUGGCGCUCUCGACAGCAAUCAAGACAUCGAUCCAGUGCCAGAGAUCACCCGACACCAUGUGGAGGAGGCUAUGCGUGGGGCACGUCGUUCUGUCAGCGAUGCAGACAUCCGAAAGUACGAAUUAUUCGCUACAUCUCUCCAGCAGUCACGAGCCUUUGGCAAUAAUAACCUCAACAUUGGUGGCAACCGAAGCGGUGGCGACGAGGGUGGCAACGGCAGCGCAGGCAACAAUGCUGGUGACGAUGACCUCUACAGCUAA